CUGUUUGAUAACUGAAUCACUUUAUUCGAGUGGGAGUCCCUGGAGUUCACAUCUCGCACUGUUAACAGUCUCUACAACAAAAUGUGGUAAAUUCUUUGAAAAGUCAAUGAUAGAUUGUAACAAUGGCUCAGAUCAUCAUCUUCUCCUUAAUAACUAUUUUUCCAAUUUUGACACAAACUUCAGAAAGUAAUUUGACAUCAUGGAGCAUUCACACUAAUCGAAGUGUUUAUUUCAACGAAACUGAUUCGGCACUGGUGAUCUCAACUAUCGAAGAGAAAGGAGCAACAGAAAGAAAUGUUGAGGAAGCGAUUAAUUCGAGUAGCAAGCCAGAGGAAAACAAGAGAAAUGUGUCAAAUAUAGAAUUACGAAGAUUUUCGGAGGUUUUGUUCAGUAAAGAUAUUAAUAAUGCUUGGAAAUAUAUUCAAAUUAAUCUACAGAAUCAGACAAUGAAAAAUAGUUCAAUUGACAGAGCGCCAGAGCC